AUGAAGAAAAUGAAAUAAAUCUACUUUUAGAUUCAUUAAGAUUUAGACUUGGUUCUAAUGGAAAAGAACGUACUUCUGUUGCUAACUAUUUUUUUAAAUAAAUUAUUGACAUUUACAUACCUACUCAUUAUAGAUAUUUAUUAUAAUCUUCUUCUGAAAGCAUUUAUAAUUUAUUUUUUAAUAGACAAUGGUUUAUUUAAUGAAGAUCAUAAUUAUUCUCUUGAGAAAGAAGAGAAAGAAAGCCCUUGGAGAUAGGAAUUAUUAUAAUAAUUGGACCUUAAUAACGAAUAAAAACUCGUUAAUAAUUUUUAAGAAACAAAGUAAUAAAUCCAAAUCAAAAGUUUAAAAUUAGAAAAUAUUAUUGAUGAUAUUAGAACUAUUUUAACACCUACUUAAUGUGCUAAGUUUUUAACUUGUUUAGAAAGAAAUAAAUAUAGAAGAGAUAUCAGUAAUUAAAAUAUUUGGAGUUCAUUAUAAAAUAAUUAAAGUGAUUAUGAUUUCGAUGAUGAAUUAUUUACUUCUAACUAAAAUUAAGCUUAACUAUAGUAUGAAUUUUCUGAUUUAAUUGAAUAAUCUGAAUUACAAAAAAUUAAAAAGCAAAAUUAAUAGUAAACUUAAAAAUAAGAAGUAUAAUACAGUAAAUGA